UUUGCUUUUUUCAGUUUUUCUUAUCAUUGAGAAGGAAAGGGAGUAAGCAAUCAAUACAUUUUAGAAAUUUAUUGAAGAGGGGCAUAGAUCGUACAAUACCUUGAGCUAUGGUGGAAAUGGUGGCGCUCUGAUCAUUCCCAUUUUGCCAUCGUAUCUGAGCUCAGGUGGCUUAACUGUUUUAGGAAAUGAUGGCUUAGGUGCUCAAACACUCGAGCAGAGUAAACUUGAGCAUGAGGAAGAGACCAAUGAAAAAGCUGAUGUGAAUCAAGGAACCGUUGGCGAGCAGAACAACAAAGAGGAUACUGCAAGUGGUAAAAUCUCACUUGAUGCUAUAAAUAAUGCUGGAAGUGUAUUUGCGGGUGCUCCAAUCUACAUUCCUGACUUGAACAUGUUCCUCAGAAGCAACUUUAACCUACAAAAUCUAAGGCAGGUCAAGCAAGACCGCUCUGGUCAUAGUCAGCGCGAUACCCAGGUCGCAUAUGGAACCAAUACCAAGAAUGCGAAUUCUAUAGAAAAACCGGUAAUGUUAAUUAUUUCGUUUACUUAUGAAUGA